CCCGCUGGUCCUGGGAUGCAAAAGGAAGUAGGUCGGUUUCUAGUUCUUGCGACUGUUAUCACCGCUGGAGGCAAAUGACCACUAUCCUAAGAGAGCGUGGGUGACGGGCAGGGAGCGCAGGAAUGGGAGCAUCUAUGGGCUGAGUGAGAAGGGUCGCCGAUGUCCGUGAUGAGCCAUCGGGUCAGUGAUGGGGGCGGUCACUGGAUGGAAUAGUGGGGGUUGGAGUGAUCUCUGAUCGUGGAUCUGCGGGAGGAGCGAGGGCGGGCUGUGGUCACAGUGGGGUCUCGGGUGGUGGAUCUGCGGGCGGAGCGAGGCGGACUGUGGAACCUGUUGGGGAGGAUAAUUGUGGAGACUGAGUGAGGAGGGAUCUGAGAGAUCUCUGCUGCUUUCCCAAAAGAGCCAAAAAUGACCAAGUCCCUGGGAUCAGUGUCAUUCAAGGACGUAACUGUAGACUUCAGCAGGGAAGAGUGGCAGCAAUUGGACCUUGCUCAGAAAAGUCUGUACAGGGAUGUGAUGCUGGAAAACUAUUUCAACUUGAUCUCAGUGGGGUGUCAAGUUCCCAAACCAGAAGUUAUCUUCAACUGGGAGCGAGGAGAGGAGCCCUGUGUGUUGGAAGGUGGGCUCUCCUGUCAGAGCUAUUCAGAUGGGGAUAUUAGUUUUGAACUUUCACAACAAGGAAUGUCUGAAGAAGUUUCUUUCCAGUCUGAGAGAAUUAAUCUCUUCACAAGAGAAGACCCAUAUUCCAUUUUAGAAGAAUUGUUGAAAGAUGAUAAACAGACAAGAAGAUAUGAGGAAUACCAGAACAAACCUUUAAGUCAUGUUACCUUCAUCAACAAGGAAACAGUAGCUAAUGAGAAGGGCUGUAAAUAUAAGGACAUUGGAAAAACAGUUCAUGUAAACCAACACCUUGUUCCUUCGAGAAAAAGACUCUGUAAUGAUGACUCAUUUGGAAAGAACUUGGAGCCUAUUGUAAGCUUAUAUAAUUAUAAUGGGAACAAUGCAACAGAAAAUCUUGAUGAGAUUGUCAGAUAUGGUGAUAUUUUUACUCAUAUGAAUUCUCAUACAGAAGUGAACACUUGUGAAGAUAAUCAGUGUAGGAAAUUUCUGAGUCAUAAGCAAGCUCUCAUUCAACAUCAGAAAGUUCAUACUGAGGAGAAUCUCUGUUUGUUUUCUGACAGUGUAAAAGCUUUCUCCAAGAAGUCACACCUCUUUGCACAGCAGAGUAUUUGCACUGAAGAAAAACAGUGUGAAUGCAGCAAAUGUGAGGCAGUCUUCACUCAGAAGCCCCAACUUGCUGCACAUCAGAGGGUUUACACAAGGGGGAAAGCCUGUAUAUUCACUGAAUAUGGGAAGAAUUUUCCCCUCAAGUCAAACCAUCAGGAAACUCACAAUGAGGAGAAUUACUAUAAAUGCAAUGAAUAUGAAAGAGCCUUUAUCCAGAAGUCAGAUCUGUUCAGAUGCCAGAGAAUUCGUACUGGAGGAAAACCCUAUGAAUAUAGUGAAUGUGGGAAAAACUUCUCUCAAAUUUCAGACCUCAGUAUACAUAAAAAACAUCAUACUGGAGGGAAACACUUUGAAUGUACUGAAUGUGGAAAAGCCUUCACAAGAAAAUCAACACUAAGUAUGCAUCAGAAAAUUCAUACAGGAGAAAAACCCUAUGUAUGUACCGAAUGUGGGAAGGCCUUUAUCCGGAAGUCACAUUUUAUUACACAUGAAAGAAUUCAUACUGGAGAGAAACCGUAUGAAUGCAGUGACUGUGGAAAAUCCUUUAUUAAAAAGUCACAACUCCAUGUGCAUCAGCGAAUUCACACAGGAGAGAAUCCCUUUAUAUGUUCAGAAUGUGGGAAAGUCUUCACUCACAAGACAAAUCUCAUUAUACACCAGAAAAUUCAUACUGGAGAAAGACCCUAUGUGUGUACUGAAUGUGGGAAGGCCUUUACUGACAGGUCAAAUCUCAUUAAGCACCAAAAAAUUCAUACUGGAGAGAAACCCUAUAAAUGCAAUGACUGUGGAAAAUCAUUCAUCUGGAAGUCACGGCUCAGGAUACAUCAGAAAUGUCAUACUGGAGAGAGACAUUAUGAAUGCAGUGAAUGUGGGAAAGCGUUCAUUCAGAAGUCAACACUAAGUAUGCACCAGAGAAUUCAUAGAGGAGAAAAGCCCUAUGUUUGCACUGAAUGUGGGAAGGCCUUCUUCCACAAAUCACAUUUUAUUACACAUGAGAGAAUUCAUACUGGAGAGAAACCCUAUGAAUGCAGUGAUUGUGGGAAAUCCUUCACUAAGAAAUCACAACUCCAUGUUCAUAAGCAAAUUCACACAGGAGAGAAACCCUAUAGGUGUGCUGAAUGUGGAAAGGCUUUUACUGACAGAUCAAAUCUCUUUACACACCAGAAAAUUCACACUGGAGAGAAACCCUAUAAAUGUAGUGACUGUGGAAAAGCCUUCACUCGGAAGUCAGGCCUCCAUAUACAUCAGCAAUCGCAUACUGGAGAAAGGCAUUAUGAGUGCAGUGAAUGUGGGAAAGCCUUUGCAAGGAAAUCAACACUAAUUAUGCAUCAGAGAAUUCAUACAGGAGAGAAGCCCUAUAUCUGUACUGAAUGUGGGAAGUCCUUCAUCCAGAAGUCACACUUAAAUAGACACAGAAGAAUUCAUACUGGAGAAAAACCCUAUGAAUGCAGUGACUGUGGGAAGUCUUUCAUUAAGAAGUCACAACUCCAUGAGCAUCAUCGAAUUCACACAGGAGAGAAACCAUAUAUAUGUUUUGAGUGUGGAAAGGCCUUCACCAUUAGAUCAAAUCUUAUUAAACACCAGAAAGUUCACACUAAACAGAAACCCUAUAAAAGCAGUGACUUUGGGAAAACCCUAAACUGGAAGCCACAACUCAGUAUACAUCAGAAGUCGGACACUGAAGAAGUAGAGUGCCCAAUGCCACAGUUAUGGUGUGGGGAAGGAGGUGACCAAGGCCAAUUUUCUUCUAUCUAGUCAGAACUAUGCAUAUCUGGAUCACAUAGCUAAUGUCCGGUUUC